AUGGCCGGCCCAAAUGAUGAUUCUGGUAAGUCUCUGGAUCCCCAGCACAGGAAUCGUGUUGGUAGCGUUCGCCGACGAAGAAAACCUGCUUCGGGUUGCUCUCAAGAUAUCGGUUGUUUUGUUAAUAGGUGGUGCGUUACAGAUAUACCGAUCAAAUACGAAUCCCCGUACUAUGCAGAACCAGCGACGAUGUAUUUUCAACCAUCAUCAGCUCAGAAGCGCCCCAACCCCGACGGGCAGGAUGGCCCAGAAAAGCGACAGAGGAUUGAACCUACACAUACAACUGCGGGCAAUGAUGACCACAUGGCUGCGCUUCUAGCGCAAGCUACAGCUGCUGCGACUCAGCAGUUCCAGCAAUCGUCCAAUGUUCAUGGCCAUCGUGAUCAAGGCCCGUCACAGUCCGAGGUAGCUCUGGUUGUCACCCAGGACGAACAGAGGACUACCGGGGAUAUCCACGGAUUUACGUCGGACCCUAAUUUAUACAUGCGGAUAUUGAGUUUACCAAUUCUAGAGAGCUUGUCCACUCAGAUUCUGUCAACACUUGCCCAGGGCCCCUAUCCUGAAACUAUCCGGAUAGUCACCGAACCGGAAUCGGAACUUGGACAAGCCUACACCACGUUAAAGUCUCUGUUUGACCAGACCAAGAAAAUAUAUAACCAACAAGAUCCUUUUCUUUCUGCAGAUAGCCUCAACAUCCGAGAACCGGAGCAUCGAGCAACAAUCCGAACCACGAACUUGGCAACAUUUGUUUCUAGUGUUUUUGGCGGCCAAGAUGUUGGUUUUUACGAGCUGAAUGAUUGCUUUAUUGAUACCUUCACCCCUGAGGGUGAACCUCUGGGCUCGGAAGCUGGCCGGCUAUUCCUGAACCUCAAAACGCAGAUGUAUCUGUCUGCGUCACAGCAGGAGGAACAAGACAAAACUAAGGAAGACAUCCUAGACGAAAUGUUUCCCCAUGAUCUUAGUGAGAUCCUGUCAACUAGACAUCCCAACACGACCUUGUGCCAAAGUGAGAUUGGCUUCGUCAAUGAUUGCAGGGAACGAAAAGAAUAUCUUAUGAAUGCGGCAAGCGACCCGGAAUCGAUCCAGGAAUUAUCAGAGAUGUUUGAUUGGGAGGACUUCUUACGAGAUCUCAGCACUCAUCUUAACAAGGCAUAUGGGCCGCUCCUCGCCCCAUAUAUGAAGCGACAUGCUCUCACUGCACCAGUUUCUCCUCGUCGAAUGGUGAAAGGCUCCACCCAGACCAACCAGACCCAGCAGAAGUCGGCCACUGGGUCAAAUGAUAAUGAUUUUAUGGCCCACGCUGACCGAGCUGCUCAAGAAGCACUCCAGAGCCUUGGAGUUGGCCAGGCUCACCAGCAACAUAAUGGUGGAGCUUCUUUACAACGGUAUUCUCCUCCAACACAAAAUGGGUCCUUCGAGCAGGAAUACGGCUCAGGGAAUAUCCCAUAUCACACGCAGUCUGCGCCGACGCAAGUUCUAUAUGAAAAGGCUCGGCAAGCUGCCAUAUCUAAAAGCAAUCCCGGGAAUACUCGUCGACCAGGUCUUCCAAGUCAAAGGCGACCAUGGAGCACGGACGAAGAAAAUGCGCUGAUGGCUGGGCUGGACCAGGUAAAGGGUCCUCAUUGGAGCCAGAUUUUGAAUCUGUACGGUCCAAAGGGGACUGUCAGCGAAAUUCUCAAGGACAGGAAUCAGGUCCAGUUGAAGGACAAGGCGAGAAACCUCAAACUAUUCUUCUUGAAGAGUAACAUUGAGGUUCCGUACUACCUGCAAUCUGUCACUGGCGAGCUCAAGACUCGAGCGCCCAGUCAAGCUGCCCGAAAGGAGGCAGAGGAGCGAGCAAAACUUGCGAGCGACGAAGAACAGGCUCGCUUCCAUGGAAUAAUGGCUUUGGCUGGCGGUAUGCAAGAUCAUAGCGGAAUGCUAGGGCAGUUGCAGUCGAACCAUAGAGUCGAAGCGUCAGACUCAAAGAGUCCAGAAACCCAACCUGGGCAGAGCAUGGAUUCGCCCGAGGAGCUUCAUGUGGUUGAUCCUGCAAAUCAAGUUCAAUACCGGGACUUUGCUUCUGAGCAGAUGAGCGAAGAUGAACAAUUUAGGCAGCGGCUAAUUGCUGCUACUGCGUCGGCUACAGUUGGUCAUACAGAGAAUGGUGCGGUGCCGGCGAGCAGUGUGAAGCAGGUUGCCAUUUGA